UCAAACCGGCCGCAUCGGUGUAAAGGAGCUGUGCAACCGGUGUGCUAAUUUGGGAUCGAUUACGUGCCGUACAAAGGUGGAAAAAGAUAAAUACGGACUGAUUUCGGCAAACAAUCAGCAAAGCGAUUCUGUUUGGUGGCAGUGCAAAACGGUGAAAAUAUACAAUUCUCGGUAAACGCAGCGUGUGAAACAGAAGAGGCAUCAGGAGCGGCUUGUGUCAAACGACGUGCAUGCCAGAGGGAGAAAGAAGCGUGUUCGUGGAAAGAGCAAAACAUUGCGUACCGUGCAUCGAGUCGACAUAGUUGAAGUGAGAGUCUCGAGUUUUGUCGGUCGAUACUUCUUUCUACAACGCCGCGGCCAUUUUGUUAGAAGUGUGCUUCAUUGGAGUCGAUCGAAAGUUUGAAUCAUCCGAAAUUCGCAUGAUUUUAAGUGCAAAGACGGCCGAAUCAGUUGCAAAUUUGUGCUAAACGCGUGGCUGGGGUUCACUCUACCGAUUUAGCAUACCGAACAGCAUGGAGGACAAGGCUACGCUAAAGGAUUUGGACCAAUGGAUUGAACAACUGAACGAGUGCAAACAAUUAACCGAAUCGCAAGUGAAAACUCUGUGUGAUAAGGCGAAGGAAAUUCUUUCGAAGGAAUCCAACGUUCAGGAAGUGAAAUGCCCCGUCACAGUGUGCGGCGACGUGCACGGGCAGUUCCACGAUCUGAUGGAGCUGUUUCGGAUAGGCGGACGAUCGCCGGAUACUAAUUAUCUGUUCAUGGGUGAUUACGUCGAUCGUGGGUAUUACUCGGUGGAGACCGUAACGCUCUUGGUAGCAUUGAAGGUCCGAUACCGUGAAAGAAUCACGAUUCUGCGUGGCAACCACGAGUCCCGGCAAAUUACUCAAGUGUACGGUUUCUACGAUGAGUGUCUGCGAAAGUACGGCAAUCCGAACGUUUGGAAAUUCUUUACGGAUCUAUUCGACUACUUGCCACUGACGGCGCUGGUCGACGGACAGAUCUUCUGCCUGCACGGAGGGCUUAGCCCGUCGAUUGACACGCUCGACCACAUCCGAGCACUCGAUAGACUUCAGGAGGUGCCACACGAAGGUCCCAUGUGCGACCUGCUCUGGUCCGAUCCGGAUGACCGGGGCGGCUGGGGCAUAUCGCCGCGAGGAGCAGGAUACACAUUUGGGCAGGAUAUUUCUGAGCUGUUCAACCACACAAACGGUCUGACAUUAGUAUCUAGAGCGCAUCAAUUGGUCAUGGAAGGGUAUAACUGGUGCCACGAUCGCAACGUGGUCACAAUAUUCUCUGCGCCUAAUUACUGCUACCGUUGUGGCAACCAGGCUGCAUUGAUGGAAUUAGACGAUGCCCUAAAGUUUUCAUUCCUACAAUUUGAUCCCGCUCCGCGCCGUGGUGAACCGCAUGUGACCAGAAGAACGCCAGAUUAUUUCCUUUAAACACAAACUUCAUAUGCUAUGAUGCUGAUAAAUUAGCCUGAGAAUAAUGUGGUGGUCGGUCAGAUACAGACAGA